AAUAAUAGAAAACAUGGGAUUUGUAUUGCAUUUUGCAAAUCGUGUGAUAAAAUUUUGUCAAUCAAUUGAUCGGUCAAUCAAUUAAUUGUCAACAAAUAAAACAACUGUCCGUUUGAAUGACCAGUUUGUGAUCACCAAAACAUUUAGUGAUUUCCGACAAAUGUUUGAACAUUAAAGUCAAAAGUGGUUUUGUAUUAAUCAAACAAAACUUAUAACAAAUCAUUAGAUGUAUUACGACAUCACUUGCGAACCACACUUAAGAAAUUUUUUUUUCUGUUAGUGUUGUUGUCGUUGUCGGUGUUGUUGUCAUUUGAUUUCUAGCAUAACUUAAGACAUUUGUUGACCAAAAGAAACAAAAUGUAUUGUUGUUUAAGACAUUGCAAUCAAUCGUUUCAUAUAAUGAACAGAUUGUUAAUAUCAAGACAUAAAUCGUCAGUUGUCGGCAUUUUUCACAACUCAAAUGCUCGAUAUUUGUCAUCGGACUUCGGUAAGAGUCCGCCAUCACUUCUGCGACCACUUUAUUUGGACGCGCAGUCAACUACUCCUAUGGAUCCAAGAGUUUUGGACGCAAUGUUGCCGUUUAUGAUCUCCAAGUAUGGAAAUCCUCACUCAAGAACACAUGCCUACGGCUGGGAGGCAGAGAAGGCCACUGAAGAGGCCCGAGAAAGUGUGGCCGAUAUUAUAGGCGCCGAUCCUAAAGAAAUAGUGUUCACUUCCGGUGCCACCGAAUCUAAUAACAUAGCACUGAAAGGUUGUGCAAAGUUUUAUAAAGAAAAAAGAGAUCACAUAAUUACCACUCAAACUGAACACAAGUGUGUUCUCGAUUCGUGUCGUUAUCUCGAAAACGAAGGCUUUAAAGUCACUUACCUUCCCGUCCAGACUUCAGGCGUUAUCGAUAUAGAAGAUCUAAGGAAUGCAAUAACCGAUCAAACAGUUUUGGUCUCUAUUAUGACAGUUAAUAACGAGAUAGGAGUCAAACAACCGAUUAAAGAGAUCGGAGCUAUUUGUCGAUCCAAAGGUGUUUUCUUUCAUACAGACGCCGCACAAGCCGUCGGCAAAAUUCCUAUUGAUGUCAAUGAAAUGAAUAUCGAUAUGUUGUCUAUAAGUGGACACAAAAUAUACGGACCUAAAGGUAUAGGUGCUCUGUAUGUCAGACGUAGGCCCAGAAUUCGUAUAGAAGCCCUUCAGAGUGGCGGCGGUCAAGAAAGAGGUAUUAGAAGCGGAACUGUUCCGACAUCACUAGUUGUUGGGUUAGGAAGUGCCUGUUCUGUCUCUAAGAAAGAGAUGGCUUAUGAUCAUCAGUGGAUUGAAUCUCUAUCCAAUCAAUUGGUUAAUAAAAUUAUGAAAGAAUUACCGAAAGUUAUCCGAAACGGUGACCCGAAUGUUACUUAUCCGGGUUGUGUUAAUCUUUCAUUUGCUUACGUUGAAGGAGAAAGUCUUUUAAUGGCAUUGAAAGAUGUGGCUCUUUCUUCUGGCAGCGCCUGUACUUCAGCCUCAUUGGAGCCGUCAUAUGUGUUAAGAGCCAUUGGAUCUGAUGAAGAUUUGGCUCAUUCAUCGAUUCGUUUUGGAUUAGGAAGGUUUACCACAAUUGAAGAGGUAGACUAUACUGUAGAUAAUUGUAUUCAUCACGUCAAGAGAUUAAGGGCUAUGAGUCCUCUCUGGGAAAUGGUUGAGGAGGGCAUCGAUAUUAAGUCAAUCAAAUGGACACAACAUUGAUUUUAGAAAAAGAUUUAAUCAUUUAAUG